AUGCGGUUCCGCAGAGAGGAGACCAGGGGUGGGUUAAACAUCCGUGCGUUGGCCGGAGGGGCAGCCGGCGGCGCCGUAGACAGGGAGAAUGGAGGGCAGGAAGCUCCAGGGAGGGGUCAGGGCGAGUGCAGCAGACUGGGGAGGACCCACGAGAGAGGAGGUGGAGAAAGGCUGAACUGUGAAAAUGCAGAACGACCAGACUCACCUGGAUCCAGCUGUGUGUCCUUCAAGAGUGCACAGUCAAAGACAGAACCUCUCAACUUCAAGGAUGGAUCAGUCCCUCAAGAGAGUGAAAAUGCAGAACGACCAGAGUCACCUGGAUCCAGCUGUGUGUCCUUCAAGAGUGCACAGUCAAAGACAGAACCUCUCAACUUCAAGGAUGGAUCAGUCCCUCAAGAGAGUGAAAAUGCAGAACGACCAGAGUCACCUGGAUCCAGCUGUGUGUCCUUCAAGAGUGCACAGUCAAAGACAGAACCUCUCAACUUCAAGGAUGGAUCAGUCCCUCAAGAGAGUGAAAAUGCAGAACGACCAGACUCACCUGGAUCCAGCUGUGUGUCCUUCAAGAGUGCACAGUCAAAGACAGAACCUCUCAACUUCAAGGAUGGAUCAGUCCCUCAAGAGAGGUUACCCAAAACACCAGCAUCCUCUCCUUCCCUGAAGUUGGAUCAGUCAAACAAGGAGAAGUUGCCUUUGCAUUCCUCUGACCCUCAAUGCAGCAGGAGUAAAAGGUUACCCAAAACCCCAGGACCCUCUCCCUCCCUGAAGGUGGCAUUCAACAAAGAGAAGUUGCUUUUGUGUCCCUUUUGCUCCUCUGAUUCUCAAUAUAGCCAGAUUGAAAGUGGUGAAAAGGUUUUAGAGCCGGAUGCCGAUGGUGACCAGCCUCAAAGGAAUCCUAAAGAUUUCUCUGACAUCUUUGCUGAUCUUGAGAGAAAAAUGACUGUGUUUAUAAAGCAUGAGAUGGAAAUGUAUAAAAAACUGCUGAGAAAGGAAAACACAGCUUUCUACAGAAACGUCAAGCAAAUAAAGUGGAAUUUGAAACAGACAGUCCUUGGCCUGACGCUGUCUUUUCUGAACCUGAUGAAUCGUGAGGACAUUGCUGCUGCCCUGCAAAAUGAGCUGAUUGGAGUUAUACAGCGUCCACUUAAAGAAGGAAUGAAAAACAAGUAUCAACAUGUUUGUGAAGGAAUUGCAAAGCAGGGAGAAUCCACCAGUCUGAAUAAGAUCUACACAGAUCUGUACAUCACUGAGGGUGGAGCUGGACACGUCAACAAAGAACAUGAAGUGAGACGUAUCGAGAAAAAUCAGAUGCAGCAAGAGGUACAAAUCGAAUGCAAGAACAUGUUUGAACUUUUACCUGGACAAGACAGACCCAUCAGAACUGUGCUGACACAGGGAGUUGCAGGAAUUGGAAAAUCAAUCUGUGUGCAGAAGUUCAUUUUGGACUGGGCUGAAGGUAAAGAACAUCAGGACAUCCAGUUCAUAUUUCCACUUCCUUUCAGGGAACUGAACUUAAAGAAAGGACAUCAAAGUUUGAUGGACAUCAUCACAUAUUUCUUCCCAGAGACAAAAGGCCUGAUAUUAACAGAUCAGAACAAAGUCAUGUUCAUCUUUGAUGGACUGGAUGAAUGUAAACUUCCUUUAUCUUUCCACAAAACUGAGAGUCUGAAAAAUGUCUGUGAAGCAGCUUCAUUGGAUGUUGUACUGACAAACCUCAUCAAGGGAAAUCUGUCUCCCUCAGCUCAGAUCUGGAUAACAACAAGACCAGCUGCAGCCAGUAAGAUCCCUGCAGAGUGUGUUGACCGAGUGUCAGAGGUGCGCGGCUUCAAUGAUCAGCAGAAGGAGGAGUACUUCAGAAAGAGAAUCAGUGAUCAGAAACUGGCUAACAAAAUAAUUGACCAUAUCAGAGAAUCCAGGAGCCUCCACAUCAUGUGCCAUAUCCCAGUCUUCUGUUGGAUCUCAGCCACUGUGCUUCAGACAAUUCUGGAAGAAACAGAGAGUGAGGAAACCAACACCAAAGGAACACCAAAGACACUGACGGAAAUGUACACAUGCUUUCUGAUCUUUCAGACCAUACAGGGAAACAAGAAGUACUCUGGAAAGAAUGUCUUGGACAUACCAUGGGAUAAAGAGGCAGUUAUGGAUCUGAGUGAAUUGGCUUUUCAGCAAUUGGAAAAAAACAGCCUGAUCUUCUAUGAAGAUGAUCUAAAAUCAUGUAGAAUUGACCCCAGUAAGAUAUCGGUGUACUCAGGACUGUGCACUCAGGAGACUGGCCGAUUUCUUGGUACAGUUUUCAGCUUUGUUCAUCUGAGCAUUCAGGAGUUCAUCGCAGCUGUAUUUGCAUACAUUUGUGUCAGAAAUGAGCACAGGAACGUUUUUGAACCACAGUCCACAUCACAGGACAGCAAAACAACAGAGCUCAUUGAUUUUCUCAAGGCUGCAGUAGACAAGGCUUUGGAGAGUGAACAUGGACACCUGGACCUCUUCCUUCGCUUCCUUCUGGGUCUCUCACUGGAGUCUAAUGAGAAGCUCAUCCGAGGUCUGUUGACCAAGCCUGACAGCAGAUGUGACUGCCAAAAGAAUAUAGUCGACUACAUCAAGUUAAAGUUCAAGGAAAAUCCCUCUCCAGAGAGAUCCAUCAAUCUGUUCUACUGUCUGAACGAGUUAAAUGAUGAUUCUCUGGUGAAAGAGAUCCAGAGUCACAUGAGUUCAGGACGUCUCUCUGAAGUUAAACUCUCACCUGCUCAGUGGUCAGCUCUGGUCUUUGUGCUGCUGACAUCAAAAGAGAAGCUGGAUGAGUUUGAUCUGAAGAAGUUUAUCAGAUCAGACGAAUGUCUUAACAGACUGCUGUCAGUGGUUCAAGAAGCCUCAAGUGCUCUGUAA